AUGCGUUACAAAGGAGAGGACAUACCCGGACUGGUGGAAGAAUACUUGAAAGGUGGACUAAUGGUGGACGAUUUCGUCACUCAGGAACUCAAGUUUGAAGAUAUCAAUAAGGCCUUCGAUUUUCUCCGAGAUGGGAUCGGGUACCUCCCUCAUCACAUGCCCAAGGCUCCGAUCGAACGAGCAACUCUUCGCCCCAUCGUCUACUACGAGUUCCUCGAAGGACACUCUGCGAGAGCCGCCACGGACAACAUCUGCGCUGCAAUCAAGGGCAACGUCGUCCACUAUUCCACGGUGUCUCGAUGGUUCAAACGCUUGGAAUCUGACGACACGACCUUCGGAGAUCGACCGCGCUCAGGACGUCCAUCGACGUCGAUGACGAAGCCCUGCGGAAAACCCCUCAACGCGAAGCCGAACGCCACCACUCGCGAAUUCGCGAUUACACUUGGAGUCACCCAUAUGGCCAUCGGCAACCAUCUGAACGACCUCGGCUAUAGGAAGACCCAGAAAUAUGGGGUGGAUUGCAUGAAACUGACUCCUGAUGAAACCUCGUUUAUCGCCGCUAAAGGUGGUUUACAGCUCCAUUAG